AUGCCGAAGAGGAAGUCUCCUGAGGGCUCUGAGGGCAAAGACAGCUCCAAGGUCACCAAACAAGAGCCCACCAGGAAGUCUGAGAGGUUGUUAGCGAAGCCUGCGCCCCCAAAGGCCGAGCCCAAAGCCAAGAAGGUCGUCAUCAAGAAAGUGGGCAAUGAAAAGGGGGCGAAGGCACGGAAAGGCUCCGCCAAAGGGAAAAAAGAAGAUAGCCCUGCCCAGAAUGGAGACGCCAAGACUAACGAGAUCUUUGUGUGUCGUCCAUCAGUCAGUGUGUCUUCCAUCAGAAGCUCAGCUCCCUCCACCAUGUCAGUGCGAGGGCAGAGCGAGACAGUCAAAGUGAAGGGUAUGCAACAGUGUCACGCUAACCCACCUUUGCGUGUGCCCUACUAA